AUGUCUGGUCAAAUUACGCACCCUACUAUCCAAGAUGGAUGGUUCAGAGAGAUCUCUAACACUAUGUGGCCUGGUCAAGCCAUGACUUUGAGAGUCGAAAAAGUAUUGCACCACGAGAAGUCCAAGUACCAGGACGUGUUGAUCUUCAAGUCUACUGAUUACGGCAACGUUUUGGUUUUGGACAAUGUUAUCCAGGCUACUGAAAGGGACGAAUUUUCUUACCAGGAGAUGAUCACACAUUUGGCCAUGAACUCUCACCCUAACCCUAAGAGAGUCUUGGUUAUUGGAGGCGGUGACGGUGGUGUUCUAAGAGAAGUUGUCAAGCACGAAACCGUGGAAGAGGCCUGGUUGUGCGACAUUGAUGAAGCUGUCAUCAGACUGUCCAAGGAAUACCUACCAGAAAUGGCUGCUUCUUACUCUCACCCUAAGGUCAAAACCCACAUUGGCGAUGGUUUCCAGUUUUUGAGAGACUACCAAAACUCAUUCGAUGUGAUCAUCACCGACUCGUCAGACCCUGAGGGUCCAGCCGAGAGUCUUUUCCAAAAGGAGUACUUCGAGCUUUUGAACAGUGCUUUGACUGCAAACGGUGUUAUCACCACCCAGGCUGAGAACAUCUGGUUGCACUUGCCUAUCAUCAAGGACUUGAAGAAAGCGUGCUCAGAGGUCUUCCCUGUGGCCGAAUACGCCUACACCACCAUCCCAACUUACCCAUCGGGCCAGAUCGGCUUCAUGGUGUGCAGCAAAGAUGGCAAGUCCAAUGUCAAGAAGCCUUUGCGUGAGAGAUCCGACGAGGCCGAGGUUGAGCUAUACAGAUACUACAAUAAGAAGAUCCACGAGGCCUCUUUCGUUCUUCCAACUUGGGCCGCCAAGGAAUUGGAACUGUGA